CUGCCAACAAUAUAUUACAGAACUAGUAAAUGGAAAUAGCACCUCUAAUUUUCUAAGAUCUUUGGCGCCACCAAAAUCUUUUGUUCAAAAAUAUAAUGGCAAUAUUCGAGUUGAUCUUGCAGUAUACAUCACAGAUCCUACAUAUAACGAUACCACUGAUGUUUUCGGACUAUUUAUUAAUGCAUUUGAUACAGUGUAUAUCAAUAAAGAUAUUAAUGGUGAUUAUCCUUCAGACCUGGCACAAUCCACAUUUGUUAA